CGUGUUUUUGCGUCCACUGUGUUCUAGGCUUUUACUACACGCUUUUUGGUUUACACACUCUUUUGUAACUCUGAAGAAGUUUCACAGCUAUGCAGUUCGUGAAACAUAGUCAUCAAUGCACGUUAGUUAAAUCCAUUGACGGGUUUACUGUUUACCCCAUAUAGAUGAGGACCCCGAAUUUCCAACCAAGAGAAAGUAAUUUUGCCAGAGCCGCUGGACCCACGCUAUUCCUCAGAAUCCCCAACUUGUACUCUACUCACUGUUUAGCCCCUCGAACCUAGUUAAAUUUGACCAUUGUUUUCUCUAACCUUUGCUACCAGCCCACUCUUCCUCUCUACUCUCCAUUCUUGUCUUUCCAAAAUCAGGAAAUGUGGGUUUUCAUGAUUUUUAGAUUUAGUCCCUGUCUACCACCAUUCCCUGUAGCUUGGUAACCUUUUAAAACGCAUUUUUGAGCGAAAAAGAUGUUUGUAGUGUGAUUUCUGAGAGUCUGUCCAGGUUUUGAAACUACCAGUUGAGUAACAAAACCUACAUAACAAGGAGUGGAACUUUAAAUUUUUGAGGAUUUGGAGUGUUUCAAAGCAAAAAGACAAGUAAUAUGCGGAAGGUAGAGAGAGGAGAGGGGAGUGGGCCAUGGGUAGAGGAAUGAAUGAAAAGCAUUGGAAGUGAAAGGAUUUCUAAAUCCAGAGAUCUUCCAACCGUAGUGCUGGCCUUCCAAAAGACCUUCUUUUUUUGGCGGUUCAAACCCUAACCUCCGACUCUAAACGGAAAGGAGUGAAAUAGUUGCCUUCCUGGAUACGGGGACUACGCCUAAGGGUGCAAUGUUCCACUGUGUACUUGGUGUGAUGAUUCAGCAGAGGUGAUGACAGUCCUUGUCCCCAGGAUUAGCAGGUGCUGAGAGCAACUCCUUUCAGUCCAGUUGAGAUUACAGGACUCUGCUGUGAUUUCUCCAGGGCCCUUCAUGCAGACCUAUCUUGUGAGGCUGGCCUCAGCUGGGCUCCUUCAUGUGCUGUGGUCAGUUGCUCGUCAGCAAGGUCGCUCCACGCCUGGAAGCUGACUGGUUAUCCUCUGGAGCGCCAGAUUUAUGGUCUGCAUUAUGUCUGGAGCCUUCAGUCCUCCUGCUCUCCUCCUCUUCGGCUGCUACGCGGCUAUCCUGGGCGUCCACGGCGAGGAGCGGUGCGUGGCCCAGCACGCUGAGGCUGCACACUACGUGGCUGCCGUAUACGAGCACCAGUCCGUCUUGACUCCCAACCCUCUAGCACUCACGAGCCGCAAGCAGGCCUUGGAACUCAUGACCCAGAACCUCGACAUCUACGAACAGCAAGUGAUGAUCGCAGCCCAAAAGGGUGUGCAGAUUAUAGUGUUUCCAGAAGACGGCAUUCAUGGAUUCAACUUUACAAGAACAUCUGUUUACCCAUUUUUGGACUUCAUACCGUCCCCCCAGUUGGUCAGGUGGAAUCCUUGCCUGGAGCCCCACCGAUUCAAUGACACAGAGGUCCUCCAGCGUCUGAGUUGUAUGGCCAUCAAGGGAAAUAUGUUCCUGGUGGCCAAUCUUGGGACCAAGCAGCCUUGUCAGAACAAUGACCCUGGGUGCCCAAAUGACGGAAGAUACCAGUUUAACACGAAUGUCGUGUUCAGCAAUAACGGAACCCUUGUUGACCGCUAUCGCAAACACAACCUCUACUUUGAGGCAGCCUUUGAUGCCCCUCUCAAAGUGGAUCACAUCAUCUUUGAUACCCCUUUUGCUGGCAAAUUUGGCAUCUUCACCUGCUUUGAUAUCUUGUUCUUUGACCCUGCCGUUAGACUCCUCAAAGACUCUGAGGUGAAGCAUGUCGUGUAUCCGACUGCCUGGAUGAACCAGCUCCCACUCUUGGCAGCGAUUCAGAUUCAGAGAGCUUUUGCCAUUGCCUUUGGUAUCAACUUGCUGGCUGCUAACAUCCACCACCCAUCUCUGGGGAUGACUGGAAGUGGCAUACACAGCCCUCUGAAGUCCUUCUGGCACCAUGACAUGGAAAACGCCACCGGUCAUCUUAUAAUUGCACAAGUAGCCAAAAAUCCACCGGGUCUUGUUGGCACUGAGAAUUCCACCGGUAAAAUGAACCCAUCUCAUAGUAAGUUUUUAGAAAUCUUGGCAGGUGGUCCAUACUGUGAAAAGGAUGCUCAGGAAGUCCACUGUGACGAAGCUGCCAAGUGGAACAUGAACACUCCUCCUGCGUUUCACUCUGAGAUGAUGUAUGACAAUUUCACCCUGGUCCCUGUGUGGGGAAAGGAAGGCUACCUCCGUGUCUGUGCAAAUGGCCUCUGCUGUUAUCUACUUUACCAGCGGCCCACCUUGUCCAAAGAGCUGUAUGCCCUGGGGGUCUUUGAUGGUCUUCACACUGUGCACGGCACUUAUUAUGUUCAAGUUUGCGCCCUGGUCAAGUGUGGGGGUCUUGGCUUUGACACCUGUGGGCAGGAGAUCACAGAGGCCACAGGGAUAUUUGAGUUUCACCUAUGGGGGAACUUCAGUACUUCCUAUAUCUUUCCUCUGCUUCUUACAUCAGGGAUGUCCCUGGAAACCCCUGAGCAGCUUGGCUGGGAGAAUGACUACUUCUUCCUGAGCAAGAGUGGACUGUCCUCUGGCCUGGUGACGGCAGCUCUCUACGGGCGGCUGUAUGAGAGGGACUAGGGCGGUGUGGGGUGGGCAGCCCAGCGCUUGCCCAGGCCGCAGCUCACGAGCACUGGGACCGCCUCUCUGCCCCACACCCCAUCGUGGGAGCUGUGGGAUGAAGUAGGAGACACACCUUCCCCCAGUGUCUCUUCAUCUUUGAUGUGAAUUAUCAAGUCUUCUCUGGUAUUCCCUGCUCACAUGUAUCUUUUUCAAGCCACAUCUUCCUCCAGCAAACCUCUCAUUGUACAAUUGGUUUUAAAAGCUAAAAUAAAAAUAAAUGUCACUUUAUAUUUUACACA